UUUUCAUGUAUUUGCCCAUUCCAUAUCUAAUCAUUCUAUUUAGCAGUCUUGCAGCACGAACAGGACUUUGAGCCAAUUCCCUCCCUGCGCCUCAGUCGAGUACCAUCCCCAACCAUUCGAUCUCGCUUUCAGUAUGGCACGCCAGAAGGCUGAACUGAGCGAAUAUGAGCGCAAACGCCAGGAGAAUAUCGCGAAGACACAGGCGCUGUUGCGAAACCUGGAAAUGGAAGCCGCGGAAGCUGGUCUAGCGCCAACUGCUAAAUCCUCUGCAUCCGCCAAACCCAAGUCCAAAAAGCCUGCGCCGAAGAAGAUCAAGCAGGUGGAAGUAGUCCCGCGCAGGACUUCUUCACGUCUAAAAGGCAUCGAGGCAGAUAGUGAGACGGCGAAACGCAAGGCGGAGGAGGAGCAUGAGGCGCGCAAAGAAGCCGACAAGGCGAAGCGACAACGGAUCAGCGGCACCUUCAACUUCGGUGACAUCGUGGUUGGAGGAAAGGGCUGGGACCAACAUGGCAAUUUUGUAUCCAUCGUUGGUCCAGCAGUUCCGUACGAGCGCACAUUCACCGCGAACGACGUGAAAGACACCACAGACAAGGAGCUCAGGGCUUUGAGGGAGAAAAUGAAUGCCUUAGAGCUUUGGGAAGACUAUGAGCCAAAUGAGAUCAAGCUUACCCCCGAGCGAAUCUAUUCCAUGGGGUUUCACCCAACCACAGACAAACCCCUGGUAUUUGCGGGUGAUAAGCUAGGUAACCUUGGGAUAUGCGACUGCUCCCAAAAAGUCUCUGAGGUUAAAGAAGAAGAUGAUGAAGAUGCAGAGUGGCAAGGCCCAAGCAUCACCACCCUCAAGCCCCAUACACGGACGAUACACACCUUCCAAUUCAGCCCUCAUGAUUCCAAUGCUUUGUAUUCGGCAUCCUACGAUUCAACUGUCCGCAAGUUAGACCUGGCAAAAGGGGUUGCGGUGGAGGUGUACGCGCCGGCUGACAAGAAUGCGGAUGCGCCAUUAUCCGGCGUUGAGAUUUCAAAAAACGACGCUAAUAUGUUGUACUUUUCCACGCUGGAUGGCCAAUUUGGAAUGUACGAUAUGCGAACCCCGUCAGAGAAAGCGGCUGGCCUGGAGAUCUUCCGGUUAUCGGAAAAGAAGAUUGGUGGAUUCACGCUUCAUCCCCUGCACCCUCACCUCGUAGCUACCGCUUCACUGGAUCGUACGCUUAAGAUUUGGGAUCUGCGUAAGAUCAAUGGUAAGGGCGACUGGCGUCUACCUGCUCUCGUUGGUGAGCAUGAGAGUAAACUGUCAGUCUCGCACGCAGCCUGGAACUCGGCAGGUCAAGUGGCAACAGCAUCCUACGAUGAUACGAUCAAGAUUCAUGAUCUCAGCAACUGUGCGAGGUGGAAGACUAGCACGUCUUUGACUGAUGCUGAGAUGAAGCCUUCUGUGGUAAUACCACACAAUAACCAGACCGGUAGAUGGGUUACAAUAUUACGAGCUCAGUGGCAAUUGUUCCCCCAGGAUGGUGUGCAAAGGUUCUGCAUUGGUAACAUGAACCGCUUUGUCGACAUUUACACAGCCAAAGGUCAUCAGCUUGCGCAACUUGGUGGAGAAGGUAUUACCGCUGUCCCGGCGGUGGCCAAAUUUCAUCCAACGCAGGACUGGGUGGCAGCUGGAACUGCUAGCGGGAAGCUUUGCUUAUGGAUGUAGAACUUCCCAGAUCAUCGAGGCGCUAGGUUCUUGAAAUAGUGGAGAUCUUGACACUUCUAUAGACCUCACCAAUACGAGUGGAUGGAUUCAGAAGGUGUAUUGGUUUCAUAUGGAGGAUCAUGAUCGUCCAUCGGUUCUAGAAGGAAUAUAUUGCUAAGUAAUUAGGAGCAUGGGCGAAUACGGGAA